CUUACAUCAUGUAAGAACGCAUAACGAGCUGUCGUUUUGCUCAACUUGGACUGGACCUCAAGUAUUUCCUAGUUUCUCUAGUUUCUUUCUACUCUCCUCAGUCCUUUCCCUUCGUCUGCGGUCUGCCACGAACUAGGGCUUCCAUUCCGAAAUCAGUUGCAGCGUUCGAAGCUUAGGGUGAGAUUUCAGCGCCGGAAGUUAGGACCUUAGCUCGCUUUACUCCAAUCGCCGGCGCCGAAUCCCUACCGUAAGUGGCUGCUAUUCUAAUUUUCAUUUGCUGUGAACUUCCCUCCGUUUGCUUUUCCGUUCUUGUUUCCUGUAGGAGCCACGAUUGCUGUAUAGCUGUGAUCGAAGUUCGCCUUUUUGCCUAGACGGAAGUGAAUUCCUCGGUUUAAAUCGUUAGUUUCUCGUUUUCUUGGACCAUAAGCCUAUAUCUAGUCUCACCUUAGAGAAAUUACUUUCUUUUCUCUUUGGAUGAAUAUUGAAUACAAUUCGAAUUUGAGAAAAUAGGGGUUGGUGGGUGUUGUUUGAUGAACUAGGUUGGAGGAUGGGAGGUAUUUAGCUCGGCCUCGCAAGUAUGAUGUGCUUUUGGCACGCAAUACCCUAUUGACCACUGCAUUUGGGUCCUCCAUCUUACAUUUCUUUUCAUUCCUGUUGAAUGUAAGCUAGCGAUAUGAUCAUUCACAAAGGUUUGUAGUUUGUGUCCCUUUUGAUCUCCCCUUAUAGUCCCCUGCUCAGCCACGCUAAUUACCGUAUGUUUUGAUUGAUGAGUUGAGGUACUUACUUAUAUGAUGAGUUCUAAGUUAAGACUCUAUUUCCUUGAUUCUAGCCUAUAGCUGCGUCAGUAUUCCUAUACGAACACUCUACAUGCUCUGCUACUUUCUGGAAUAGGUUCGCUGUAUUUAUGUAAGAUAUUUUGUGUUGUACAAAUCUGUCGAGAUUGUUGGUUGCGAGUUCAGCAUUGUUUGAUGCUAUGGAAUCGGCCAAUAGGUCAUGGUUCGAGGGAGGAUGGGGAUAAGUUAACUUAUACUCUUUUGAUGACAAUGGAUUGUGAUAAAAUUGUCACCACUUGUGGAACAUCGUUAAGCUGCUCUUUAGAAUCAAACAUUGUCUGCACUUGUCCUUGUUUAAAUACUUGUUCAAAGUAGAACGUUUGAGUUCAGUAAAUAAUACUAUUUGUCCAACAAAAAUAAUUUUCCUUAUUUGUACAUUAUGUUUCUCAUAGUCGUGGGCCAUUGUUUUCGGUGUGAUGAGUAACCACACGAGUUUAUGAUUUCAGCUACUAGAAUUCUUAAAAUCCUCAGCCACAGGCUUUUGAUUUCUCACAUUACCAUAGUUUUUGUCUUCCAACUUUUCUGAAAAGGGAAGUCAUAAUCCCUGAAACUGUGAUUUCUCAAUUUGGAGUACUCUUCGUUUCAACAAAUCUGGGACCCUUUUGAUGUCAUUUGUGGAGGCAGUUAUUUUUUGCUGCAAAAGUAUAUGCUAGAAUAAUGGAUAGAUAAAACCAAGAUUCCCAACUGAAGUCACUAUACCACUGAAAUUGUGAUCUGGGAAUGAGUUUCAAGAUGGAUACGAUUGCAAUGCAUAGAUAUACUAUUCAUCUAUUUCACGAUUCUUGGUCUGUGAUCAUAUGGAGGACGCUUGACUCUACCUUUCUUUUGCGGCUGAUUGCGUUCAGAUUCGGAGACCGUUAAGAUGUGGGAGGACGAGCCAAAGUGUAUAAAAGAUCACAACCGUCGGUUGCUGGCAGAGAAAUUUGAGCUGAAGAGAAACCUGUACAAGGCCUUCAUCAGAGAUCCCGAGCUUCCAAGUGAAUUGCGUGAGAAACUCACUGCCAAACUGUCCAAGUUGCCGAGAAACAGCUCCUUCACACGAAUCAGAAAUCGGUGUGUCUUCUCCGGUCGCCCUCGCGGUGUUUACGAGUUCUUCAGAAUGUCUCGUAUUGUCUUCCGCACACUGGCAAAUCAAGGAAUGUUGAAUGGUGUGAAAAAGGCUUCUUGGUGAGCUGGUCGAGGCCGCGGAUGGAGUGUACACUGCAAGUCCCCCUAGUAAAACUUUCAGCACUUUGUAUCGUCAGAUGUUGGUGGUUUUAGCUUGAACAAAUUUUGACACCUCCGCUGGAAUAAGUUUUGUUCGACUGGGUUUUUGUAAUGCUGAAACAGAUUCUAUUGUUUUUAAAAUUGGCAAAACGAACCUGGAUUAAGCUCUCACUGUCUAAAUUUCUUUAUCCAGCUACCAACUACUACUGCCUUCUUAGACUUGGAUCGCAACAUCUCAGGUCAUCACCAUACUAAGACCCUCUCCCAACUCUACCAGCUCUUCUGCUUCACGGGCGAAAAACAGGGCCAUCUCUCCCCCGAUCCGAAAACCAAGUCGUCGUCUCUUUUGAUUUCGUGGACACCGGCUGUCUCCGGGUUGCCGCCAGGUUGCGAGGGUUCGCGUCACCGCCGAGCGGAGAGAUCAUAGUCUCUUCUCUGACUUAGACAAUGGCGGUGGACAAUGGCUCCGUCUCCAUCGGUUUCAUUGGUGGUUUGAUCUUCCGCAUUUCUCAGAGGAUGGAGAAUGAAGAGUGAAGUGAAGA